CUAAAUUGAAGAUAAAAGUAUUACUUGCAUAUUGUUAAAGCACAUAUAUAGUUCGAAUAAAGAGUUACAACUACAAUUGUAACAGUAAUAUAAUACAAGCAAAAAGUAUGAAUAUCAUUACUAUUAAAACAUUACUAAAAAGUCUAGCUGAACAGCUUUAUGUUCAAGAACAAAAAUUAGUGAAUUCGAAAAAGUCUGUCGAUUUAAAAAUUUUAUGCAGUUUAUUAAAACAAAAAGGUCAUGGUAUUGAUAUGACGUCAGUGGAAAAUUUCCUAAAAACAAAAACCAUUGAAGACAACAAAAGGGAAAAUGACAGAGUGAGGCAAGUAAUUUUCAAAUGUUUAAAAGUUAUAUUUCAACAAACAAAUCAAGACGAGAGGUUUCAUUAUUUCCAAGAACUUAAACAAAUCAUAUACCAUGGUAUAACUCAGAAAUUGUUAAAAUUAAAACAAGUGGAAUCAUUGCUAACCGAAGAAGAAUAUAACAAGAUUACAAGGCACUACAUUCCUUGCGUAAAAUUAGAAAUAAUAUUAGAAAUGUUUGAAACAAAGGAGAGAAGUCCAAAUUACUCUAAAGAUGUGAUAGUGUUGAUUGAAGAGUUGGUUGAGUAUUUGAAACAACCGUUUCUUUUACGAGAAGAAAUCUAUGAAAUCGCCAAAAAUACAUUACCAGAUAAUAAUUACAAACUUACAGGAUAUCGUUUAGAAUCAGCCGAGGACUGUGGUGGUUUUUUAAGUGACUAUGCUAAACUAGAAAUCUCGUUCGAUGAAAAAUGUGUCUAUAGGUAUUUUAUUAAACUUUUACCGAAAGAACCAAAUGAUCUCCAUGAAGUUCUCACCAAGCAUUCAUUCCACAAAGAGCUUUUAUUUUACAAACUGUUCAUUUCAACGUUAAAACAACUUGGUGCAGUGCAUUUGGACUUCUUGCCUGAAUGUUAUAUGGUGGGUGAAGACUUUAUAGUAUUAAAAGAUCUUGGCUUUGAAGGAUAUUCUUCUAUUGACAAAUUUACUUGUGAGUAUAGUCAUUUAUUAUUUGUUAUUAGACAGCUAGCAAAAAUGCAUUCAUUGUCUAUAAUUUUUGAAGAAACAUUGAGCAAAACACUCGGUGAAAAGGUAGAAAUAGACCAAUAUUUUCCAGGUGUGGUUAUUGAGAGUCAGUUUCUUCCACAUGAGUUAACGGAAGCACACAUUCAGCAUUCUGCGUGUGUGUUGAAGAGAUAUCCACAUUUAGUUAAUAAUUCCUUAAAAGAGAUUAAAGAAAAGGCAGUUAAAAAGCUCAAUGAAAUCUACGAGGUUGUAAAAAAAUCUGAAAAGUACAGGAACGUUAUAACACAUGGUGAUUUGUGGAUGAAUAACCUCUUUUACAAAACCGACUCAAAUAAGCAACUAGAACACUGUGUUCUUUUAGAUUUCCAGUUGAUAAGGUAUGCACCACAAGCUUUAGAUAUACUAAUGCUAUUACAUAUAAAUACUACAAAAGAAGUUAGAGAAAAACACAUGGAAGAUCUUCUUCAUGUCUACUAUUCCGAUCUUAGGUCUAUCUUGCAUAAUUUUGAUAUUGAUCUAGAAAAAAUAACUCCUUUUGAUGACCUGGUGCAAAGUGUCAACGACUUAAAGUUGUUUGGAGUAUUUGUCGGCACCUUCAUGAACAAUUUUGUAAGUUUACCCAAAGAAAAGUUCAACGAAAUUUUAAAGGAUCCCAAAGUUGACUUUUGGUUUAACCCUAAAGACAGAGAAGAAGCGAUUCAAUCACUUUGGGAUGAUGUAGAUCCACUGUGGAAGAAAAAAAUUGAAGAAAACGCUGAAGAACUGGUUGAACUAUGUAAGAAUAUAUAAAAUAUUAUGUAUUUACUUUAAUAAAGAUUUAUUUUGAUAACAAAAUUUAAUUUACUAUCAACCAUGAUAAGUUAGGAUUAAAUUGUUAGUUUUUAAGAUGAUGUGUCUUAUGUUUCUUUAAGAUUAAUACAACACUCAAAAACACUUUAUGGACAAAUAGUAAAGAAUUUUGUCGUCAUAUCUGUAUACAUGUGUUUGACAGUUGAAAUGUGUAGUAUGAGAUAUUAUAUAAAGACUUUUAUCAAG